GUUUCGUUUAUACUCUUCUUUACUUUUAAUUUAAAUGUAUAUUUUCGAUCUAGCGCUGAGCAUUCUACGAUUAUUGAUUUACGGAACUUUCUACAAACAAGCCAGGAACACUUUCCGUUUCUACUAUAUUUGGCCUCCAGCAAUUGUGACAUGGACGCUCGACGGCCUUUGUUUCUACUACUCCUCCUCGUCCAUAUCGAUCAUCGAUGAUAAAUAUCAAGUACUGACUUCUGUGCCUUACCACGCCGAAUUGCUCCAACUGAAAGCCGCCCUGACUUGGUUUGCAGUUGCCAUGUUUUAUACACAACUGGACCUCUACAAGGAAGCAGAUGACGACAGCGACGAUGAUUUUAUUACCGAUAGAGCCACACGUCGUCGUUAUUAUAAUAGCAUAAAGAGUCCACUCGUUGUCGACCUUUUUAGCCUGUUUGAAAAAUGCAUCAUACCGACCAUAAUCAUCACAGUGGUGAAUGCUGCAUCAGACCAUUUCGGUGGCGCCAGACUACAACAUUCAACCUACAAUAACCCCAUCCCUUACAAGUCAUUCAGUACAAUCAUCACAGAUGUCAUCACCGUUGCGUUCCUCAUAAACAUCUGGUGGCGUUUCAAGAAAACAGGUCCAGCUACCUCGUCAUCCUCCUCGCCUUUGCCAGCAAGAAGCAACCCCGCCCUACUCAUGUAUGGCUGUUUUAUCACGCUAAAUCCCAUCCACACAAUCUUUGAGAUUGUCGUCCUUUCGUUUCGCGACCUCAUUUUCUCGAUAGCAAGAAUCGAUGCACCCUUAACAUUUGUAUCUUCUUUUAUUCUCACGAUGGAAACCGUACUCAUGGCUCCCUCCGUCUUGCUCAAGAAGGACCGCCUGGCUGAUUGGCCUAAAUUCAAGACAGUGACAUUGACACAAAAGCAAGUAAACCCAAACAUUAAUGAUCGUAAAACAUCAACGAACUUGGAUAGAGCUAGUUUUACCAAGUAGCAUAACGAUAGAUACAAAUGUAGUGCUAAAAUAAGGAUGUACCCAAAAUAAUACAUUUCACUCUUACUCAGUUAAUUAUAUUAAACAUGAACAACUCCAUGAAUCGUAAUACGUUAUGACAGCUCGCCUCUAGUGAAAGAUUAGAUAACAACUGCAUGAGGAACUUUAAGCUCAAAUAAGCUCGACAAGUGACAAAGAAACACGCUAC